AUGCCGUUCAACCUGGGCGACACGUUCCCCGAUUUUGCGUGCGAGACGGACGAGGGCCCGAUCACCAGCAUUCACGAGUGGAUGGAGGACAAAUGGCUGCUGCUGUUCUCCCACCCGGCCGACUUCACCCCCGUCUGCACCACCGAGCUCGCCAUGAUCUCCAAGGCGGGCCCCCACUUUGCGCACCUGGGCGUCAAGCUGAUGGCACUUUCCGUGGACGGGGCGGCGAGCCAUGCCGAUUGGAAGAAGGACAUCCAGGCCGUCGCCAAUAUACCCUCGAUCCCGUUCCCGAUCAUCGCCGACGAGAAGCGCGACCUGGCCGUGCUGCUCGGCAUGAUGGACCCGGAGGAGAGGGAUGCUCAGGGCAUGGCCGUGACGUGCCGAGCCGUGUUCCUCGUCGACCACGAGAAGAAGGUCAAGUUUGUGAUGCUCUACCCGGCCACCACCGGACGCUCCAUCGAGGAACUCUAUCGCGUGACAGCCUCGAUCCGGCUGACCUCGCAACAUCCGCUGGCCACGCCGAUGAACUGGACACCAUAUGGGGACAAGGUGAUGGUCCAGCCGACGUUGCCCCUCGACGAGGCCAAGAAGCGCUACCCCAGCAUCACCGUCAAGGAGGUCCCCAGUGGAAAGCAAUACAUCCGGAUGGUGGACAUGCCCGAGGAGUACGUGCUGAAGAACAAGGUCUCCGCCGACGUCUGCAACGGCAAAUGCCCGAAGAAGGGA